AGAGAGAGAGAGAGAGAGAGGAAGGGUUAGGGUUAGGGUUAGUGUGGAAUGGCGGAGGUGGUGGAAGACAGCGAGGCUCCUGUGAAGAAGGAGGAGACGAGCGAUAUGGAGUCCAAGAUAUUGGAGGCUAUGAGGGCUCGAAUCCCACACUUCAAGGAGCAAUCUGAUUCAUUGACCUUUGUGAAUGUACGAAGAGUAUUAGAGAAACACAUGGGUUUGGAGCCAUCUGCAUUGGAUGCGCACAAAGUAUUUGUCAAGGAACAUCUGUUGAAGUGCUUAGAAGGUGCUGGUGAGGACAAUACCUCAAAGAGUUCUGGGCAGACUGAUGAUAAAAGUCUGACUAAAGGAGAAGCAACAGGAUCUACUGAAGGGCAUCAGUCAAGUAAAGAUAUGAAGGAAAUUAGCGCAGAUGAGGAGAAGGUGGAAGACUCUCCUGCAUCAGAUGCUCUAACAAAGCAUAAAACAGCUAAAUCAAAAACUGAGGGAUCUAAAAGUUCCAAUAACAAAAAGGCUCCAACUGAGGCCAUGAUAAAGCUAGCCCUUGCAAAAAGAGGUUCUUAUAUCAAAGCUAAUAUCGAGAAGCUUACCAUGGGUGAACUUCGUCGAGUUUUAGAGAAAGAUCUUAAACUUGAGACCAAUAGUCUUGAUCUGUAUAAGAAGUUUAUAAAUCAGCAAUUAGAUGAGGUUUUAGAAUCCUCUAUAGCUCCUGAACCUGUCAAAAAUGUGAAGAAAACUGUUAAGAAACCUCAGAGAAAACCAACUCCUGAGGAGAUUAGUGAAGAGAGCUCUGGUCCUGCAGAUAGUGAAACUGAUGAGGAAGAAGAUGAAGUUAAACCUAGAAAAAGAAGUGCUAUGAAAGUUACAAAGAAACGGAAAAUAUUGGCAAGGGAGACCAACAUCUCUGGAAAGAAGCGGAUUAAGUCUCUUAAGGCAGACUCAGAGGAAAAAGAUGAUGCAAAAGACGGUGCAAAUGUGUCUGAAGAUGAAGAUUCUCGUUCAUCUGCUGAGAAACCUGUGAAGAAGAAAGAAGUUUCGGCACCUGCAUACGGUAAACGGGUGGAGCAUCUAAGAUCCGUUAUCAAAGCUUGUGGAAUGAGCGUUCCCCCCUCAAUUUACAAGAAAGUCAAGCAGGUGCCGGAAAACAAACGUGAAGGUCACCUGAUAAAGGAGUUAGAGGACAUACUUAGUCGUGAAGGGCUAUCUUCGAGUCCCAAUGAGAAAGAAAUCAAGGAAGUCAAAAAGAAGAAGGAGAAGGCUAAAGAACUUGAGGGCAUUGACAUGAGUAAUAUUGUAAUGAGUUCACGUAGAAGGUCUACCACUAGUUUUGUACCUCCUCCCAAGCCCAAAAUACCUGUAGAUAGUGAUUCUGAUGCUGGAAAUACAGAUGAUGACAAUGAUGAGGAAGAGGAUGAGGUUGAAGAUAAGGAUGAUAGUAGUAGUGAUGAAAACCAUAGUGAGAAUGAUGACGGCGAUGAGGGCAGUGAUUAGAUUAUGCAAGGAGUACAUUUGCAGAACACCAGCGACGGAUUUAGUUUUGAACUAUUUAUGUACAAUUAGACCCAGUAUAGCAUUAUUAUGGUGUGACACCAAAUAUCAGUUAAGUUCGCAGCACCUUGCAGUUAUAUUACCUGUAAACUAUAGACAGAAAUUGCUGUCUUUGGUGGUAAGAACAAUGCGCGUCACUUUAAAAUAUUCUUAGUGUUUUGAAAGGAUCAAUGUGAUCGGAGUUAAUGUGAAUGUUGUUAGCUUGGAUUU